AGCCAAGCAGUUACUAGUGUUCACGGAAAGUUUCAUUCAGCAAACUUUAAAUUUUUAAGUACUACAACCUCAAGUCACCUCGACUCCAACAUGUGUAGCAACAUGAGUCUUCCUGUCAGCUGCAGACAGUUCCAAAGGGUGCCAGCGCAUCCAGUAGUUGGACAUGUUAAAUAUUUAGGAUGGAAUUUAAACUAAUAUGUAUAACUUCAGCAUUUCAAAGUGGAUGUCGGGCUUCUGCUACUGUUAUUCCAAUUCAUGAAUCUGAACUGUCCUCUAGUUGAUCAGACUGAUAGAAUCUAGUGCGUUGCUGGUUGAGUGCACACGUCGCCUGCAGUGGAAGAUUCACAAACACAAAUCAAACGCUCACCACUUUACACUGGGGACCUAUUGUAAGUGUGUAUAAUAUUUCCACUGUUUGACAAUGGUAACACUUUUUUAAGAUUAAUUACAAAACAGGAAAAAAGUGUCACUUGAAACGGUGUCAAAAGGAUGGAGGCGCCCUAAUUAAUGGUCAUCCUAGCCCCAGCUUUGAGUUACAGCUGCAGAUACAGAUAACCCUGAGAAGCCUCAGAGUCCGGCAUGCGGCAGGCAGCACAUUGUGUGUGUGAGCUCAUCAACCAGUACUCGAGGAAUAUUUUAUUUUGUCAGUUUAUUUUAUUUUGUUUUUUGGAAUUUUUUUCCUAUGAUGGCCACGUCAAACGUGAAAGCGUCUAAGCUUGAGACGGGGAAGCUGUUGGAGAAAUGCAGAAAGGAAAGAGACGAGGCCGUACAGAAGGAAAGUGUUCUGAGAGAGAAACUCAGGCAGUACGAGUCAAGGAUUCGCUCAACUGAGGGCAUGAAGCGGAAAGUGAAAACCUUGACCAUGGACAACAAGGAGCUGAGGAAACAAGUGAAGGCUCUUCGUACUGAGAUUGGACUUGAGAGCAACCCUAAGUUCAAUGGAAAGACUACAAAGGAUGUGAUCAAUGACUUGUUUGAGAAGGAGCGUGAGUGCAACGCCUUGGUGGAGAAGACGGCCAAACUCAGCUUGACUAUCGAUGACUUGACGACAGAGCUGGCAAACGCAGCCACGUCUAAAACGCUUUUAGACGACCAAGUUCAGUCACUGCAGCAGAACCUCAAGGACAUGACCAAUAAUCAGCGGCGCCUGCUGAAGCUGUGGGAGGACAAGAAAGCCCAGAAGGAGCAGAUCACCUUCCCUGCAAUCGCCCAGAAACCCGGACAGAAGGCGUCCGUGCAUAAAGCAGUUCAGACCGAGAUGUCCAUCAGUUCAUCACAAAAGCUCCCAGUCAGCGCUUUUGAGACAAAGCCAUUCUCCCGGGACAAUGACAAAAAGACUGUUUUGGAUAAACACAGUUUUUCCACUUUUGGGACUGGUUAUCAUGACAAGAGAGUUUCUAUGCAUGAUGAACCCAAAGGCAUUCAGAACUGACAGUUGGUGGUGGAGUAUUGUUUAAUACAAAUGGAAAUUAAAUAAAUAAGGUCUAACCUAAAGCUG